AUGUUAGUAGCGUAUCCUCGUCGCUUGCUGAUCUACCGUGCACCGACUGUAGAGCUUGCCACGAUCGGUACAAUCAAGCUCACCGGUCUGGGGGUAUUCAUCAUGGCCUGCCUUGUCAUUGCUCCCAAUGUCUACGCAGAUGACCAAAGCCCUCUGUGGUUGACUCCUGCAGUCAUUGCUGCAUCCGCAACUCUCCUCCCUCUCUUCCAUACCCUGACGAGGCCUACCAUAGCCAAUGUUUUCCUCGACGUCCCUGCUCAUGCUCGCCGUUCCAAGGAAGCCUUGGUCUCUUUUGCUAAAAGCCUGCCGAACGACACUACUAUGGAUAUCCAGACACUCGGUUUCCUUCCCUGGCCUAGGACAAAGACAUUGCGCGUAGGAGAGAUGAGAAUUCGUCCCGAGGGCUUGGGCCGCUUAGCCAACCUUGAACAGGUCACUGCCAGUGACGCAACGUCUAAGGUACCAAAGUGGGCAAGCUGGUCGCUACAGCGUUUCUACGCCCGUCCAGUCGCCUCUCGCUGGAGAAACAGUCGCGCUCCUGAAGUCUGGCCUUUGGUCAUGGAUGCCAUCUCUAGGAACACUGUGGCCAACAUGUCGAACAAGAGCCUGUCAUCACCUGUGAGUGCAGUGCGCCCAGCUCAGCCACAGCUGCCUGCAAGUGUGGUGCGACCAGCACGACCGACCCCAACUGUUAUGCAGAAGAAGCUGCCGGCUCUCAAGACCGCACCAGCAGGCAGACAACACAAGCGCCAAAAGUAG